CUCGUUUUUCGCUGUUGAAGUAAGAGCUCAUACUGAGGCGCUACAGGUUCGCUUGUCUGAAGGGCGUCACCGUGUACCGAUGUUAAAGCUCAUUUGAAUUUACGGACUGUUACAUCCUCUCAACAGCUCAAGCACUCUCGCCCUUAGCGGUGUUCGACAAGAUCCAUGUCCACAGACCCAUGCGCCGUAUAGAAACUUCAGCCGUUCUUUUCCAUGUAUCGCUGUACAAAUGUGACACAGACUAGUAGUAACUACAUAUUUCAGAUUGACAGUCGGUAACGUCCAGGCUGCAUGGCCUGUACGUAGAUUAAGACUGUUUCCUCCAAUUAUUGUAACGUUUUAGAGUUUGCGUAACACUGUGAACGUAAUAUCGCCCAUCCGUAUAACUGUCCGUGUGGUGUACUACAAUGAAUACCGCAAUCAUCUGGCUAACCAUACUGUGCCUAUGUGUUAUUCACGUAAAGACCUAUGGAAUACUUAAGGAACCCCCGGCGCGUGGAUCGCUAUGGCGAUUCGGUUAUGACGCCCCCGUCAACGUGGAAGAUGAUCGUAACGACUGCGGAGGAACCGAUCGUCUUUGGCACGUCAACAGUGGGAACUGCGGUAUGUGCGGGGAUGCCUACGAUUUGCCGGUUCCACGACCUCAUGAAGUUGGGGGACUCUACGGACAAGGCUUAAUAACGCGUAGAUAUUUGCCUGGUGAAUAUAUAGACGUCGAAGUGAACUUCACACGGAAUAUGGGUGGAUAUUUUCAAUUCUCAAUAUGCAAAGUUGAAGAUUUCGCUAGCGGCACAGCAGCAACAGUGACGAGCAAUGGGACUGCGGUGAGAAGACGCCGGGGCAACAAACCGAUUAAAUGUAAAAACAGACGCGCCCUGGAUAUUCAGGAAACAGACGAGCCCCUAUUUACUAUUGACUCUUCACAAAGUCAUUUUUAUCUUCGUGUCAAGUUGCCGAAAAAAUACCAGUGCCAAUGGUGUAUACUGAUUUGGGAGUAUUGGACAGCAUCGCCGUGUGGCUUUGACCAAGACUGUGACCCUCCACAAGGACAGUUGAAAGCUUGUGCGGACGUCAGCAUCCUUGCCGACUUUAUGGAUGCGAAAUAUCCGAUUGCGCAAACUACGUCUACUUCUACAACGACGAAGCCUAAUAACGCAUGGAGAUCGAGAUCUCCGUCACUUCAUGAUGAUUCAAGUAGCAGCAAGCUCAUUACGAUGUUUCAUAAGGACUUCGAAAGCUUUAGGAACUACAUCGAGAAUCUCCUACCCCCCGAGUUAUGACAAUUGGCUGUGCCAGGGGCGGCCGUCCUUGGGGUUACGCUGGCACUUACGACUGUGUUCGUCUAUCUACGCCGGCGCUUCAGCCGUUCUCGGCGAGCGCCUAAAGCACACUGGACCCCAAUUCCCCCGACAGAAAUCCGAACCAGCCAGAUUUGAGAUUUUCUGGCACGACCACAGGUUCGAUCAGAAUGAGCUAAACAACUCGAGUAGACUGCGAUCCUAUUAGAUAGCACUAUGAUUAUUUGAAGUAAUCAAAAACGUAACAACGCCAACUGAUGUCAAUGACAGCGAACUGGAGUAGCUAUUGCAGGCGAAAAACGUUUAGGUGAAAGCUCACUUACUAUUCAAAUCAUUAUGCGAUUUAAUUAACGCUUUUAUAGUAAUUGUACAAAAUGAACGGAAAACUAUAAAAGUUCUGUUAAAAACGGGGCAUAUACCUUACGGGUACGCGACACGAGGCACUGUUCUGAGUGGAAUUCAAGUUAGAUAAGAUUUAGAACAAAUAUAUUUAUUUAUUUAGCAAAAGCCAACGUCUUUUGUUAAUCAGUCUAAGCGCUCUCGUAAGCAAGCAGUGAUGAUGGUGACGAUUGUAACGGUCCUCUUGGAUAUUUUUUGGUCGUAUUCAAUCUCUGAGUAAGCCGAAUUAACACAUGAAUGGCAGCUAACGAUCCGAUACAGUAAUUAAUAGAAAAAAAAUAUCAAUAAAAUGUAUCAUUACGGCUAUGAUAAUAAAUUAACAUGAAAACAUUGUUCUUAUAUUGAUAAUAUGGGCAGCUUGAACUUCAUUACUUAAUUAUCUCUUAGG